ACGGGGCGCGUGCGCCGUCCUGUGGCGCCGCGGUUGGGCCGGCAAGGAGGCCAUGGCAGCCACUUUCUUCGGGGAGGUGGUGAAGGCACCGUGCCGAGCCGGGACGGAGGAGGAGGAGGAGGACGAAGAGGAGAGGAGGGAGACUCCCGAGGACAGGGAGGCGCGGCGGCAGCUGGCGCGGAAGAGGGAGGUGCGGCUCUUUCGAAGACAGACAAAAACAUCUCUGGAAGUUGCUCUGCUAGAAAAAUAUCCUUGCUCCAAGUUUAUAAUUGCUAUAGGAAACAAUGCAGUAGCAUUUUUGUCAUCGUUUGUCAUGAAUUCAGGGGUCUGGGAAGAAGUUGGUUGUGCUAAGCUCUGGAAUGAAUGGUGUAGAACAACGGACACCACUCAUCUGUCCCCCGCAGAGGCGUUUUGUGUGUUUUAUCAUCUAAAAUCAAAUCCCUCGAGAACACAGUGUCCUGAGCAACUUGGGAGACAAGUCAGGCAGAUGAGGUGUCAAGCAGGUGAGGUUUUCCUCUGUCAGUGCACUUGCUACGUUGCUGAAGAUCAGCAGUAUCAGUGGCUGGAAAAGGUUUUUGGCUCUUGUCCAAGGAAGAACAUGCAAGUAACUAUUCUCACAUGUCGACAUGUUACCGACUAUAAAACUUCAGAAUCCACUAGCAGCCUUCAUUCUCCUUUCCUGAAAGCCCUGAAAACACAGAAUUUCAAAGAGCCUCCGUGCUGUUCGCUGCUAGAACAGCCGAAUAUCGCGCACGACCUUCCUGCAGCAGUUCUCAGUUACUGUCAGGUGUGGGGAAUCCCCGCAGUGCUGUACUUGUGUUACACCGACGUGAUGAAGUUGGACCUAGUUACGGUUGAAGCGUUUAAGCCUAUACUUUCUUCCAGAAGCUGGAAAGGUUUGGUUAAGAAUAUCCCCCAGAGCACAGAGAUACUGAAGAGAUUGAUGACAACGAAUGAGAUUCAGAGUAACAUUUACACAUGAUUCCAGAAAUGGUUUUGUGAAGUGUGUUACCCGUCCGUUCCUUUAAGGGGAGGAGCUGCCCUGUUUUGUAGGGUGCUUUUUUCCAAAGGGGUGUUCUGAGGGUGUUAAGAAGAGAAUAAACUUACUUUGAAUUCA